GGCGGGCGUGAGCGUGGGAGUGGGAUUCGGGGACGGCGGCGCGGGGCCGGCUGGGACCCGAGCCACCGCCUCCCGCUUCCCGCCUCCCGCCUCACCGCCCUCGCACUCAGGCGCCCGCAUGGAGCCCCUUCCCCGCGCUGGCGGGAAGCCCCUCGCGCCCGCCGCCGCCGCCGCCGCGCACCAGCCCCGCAAGGUGCGGGGCUCCCCCGGCUGGCGCAGCGGUCUGAGGCGCCUGCGGGGCGCGCUGUCCCCGGACCUGCGGCGGGAGGCGGCGGCGCUGGCGGCGCUGGCGGGCCCUGUGUUCCUUGCCCAGUUGAUGAUCUUCCUGAUUAGCCUGGUCAGCUCCAUUUUCUGCGGACACCUGGGCAAAGUGGAGCUGGACGCCGUCACCCUCGCCGUCUCGGUUGUGAAUGUCACUGGGAUUUCAGUUGGAACGGGCUUAGCCUCUGCUUGCGACACGCUCAUGUCUCAGUCCUUCGGCGGUAAGAACCUGAAGCGUGUGGGGGUCAUUCUGCAGAGAGGGAUCCUCAUCUUGAUGCUGUGUUGCUUUCCCUGCUGGGCCAUCUUCAUCAAUACCGAGCGCCUCCUCCUGCUCUUAAAACAAGACCCCGAGGUCGCCAGGAUAGCCCAAGUCUACGUGAUGAUUUUUAUACCUGCUCUUCCUGCAGCCUUCCUGUUCCAGCUGCAGACAAGAUAUUUACAAAGUCAGGGCGUCAUCAUGCCCCAAGUCAUUACCGGGAUUGCCGCGAAUGUCCUCAACGUGGGCAUGAAUGCCCUCCUGCUGUACGCCCUGCACCUCGGAGUGGUGGGUUCUGCCUGGGCGAACACCACCUCCCAGUUCUUCCUGUCUGCCCUCCUUUUCCUCUACGUGUGGUGGAAAAGAAUCCACGUCGACACCUGGGGAGGUUGGACCGUGGACUGCUUGCAGGAGUGGGGCUCAUACACCCGUCUGGCCAUUCCCAGCUUGUUCAUGGUGUGCAUCGAGUGGUGGAGCUUUGAGAUCGGCACUUUCCUUGCAGGGCUGAUCAACGUCACAGAGCUUGGGGCCCAAGCCAUCGUUUACGAACUGGCCUCUGUGGCCUACAUGGUGCCCCUCGGCUUCGGUGUGGCAGCCAGCGUCCGUGUGGGCAACGCCCUGGGAGCUGGGAGUGCUGAGCAGGCCCGGUGCUCCUGUACUGCCGCUCUCCUGUGUGCCGGCAUCUGCGCGCUUGUGGUGGGCGUCCUGCUCGCAGCUCUGAAGGAUGUGGUCGCCUACGUCUUCACCAGUGACAAAGAUAUUAUUUCCCUGGUGAGCCAAGUGAUGCCCGUGUUUGCUCCGUUUCAUCUAUUUGAUGCACUGGCAGGCACUUCCGGAGGAGUCCUGAGAGGCACAGGUAAACAAAAGAUUGGUGCUCUCCUGAAUGCCAUCGGCUACUAUGUUUUCGGAUUUCCCACUGGAGUAUCUCUGAUGUUUGCUGCCAAACUUGGGAUAAUAGGCCUCUGGUCGGGCUUGAUCCUCUGUGUCUUCUUUCAAGCCCUUUUCUACCUGGUGUAUGUUUGGAGGACAAACUGGACAAGAGCUGCAGAGCAGGCACGGGUUCGAGCUGGGCUAAAAGGGAGUAAAGAGACCAUCCCUCCCCCUACAGUUCUACCAAUGCUGGAGAGAGAAGUGCCCGGUGCAGUGAUCUUGCCUGAUGUCAUCGGACCGGAGAGCCAGACGGCCCAGCUGGUGGUUCUAGAAGAAGGCGGCACGCAGUACGUGGUGCCCACCGUCGGGCACAUCUUGUCAACGAGGCAGCUGAUUUUCUACCGCGGAGGGGCUUUAGCUGCUGCUCUUGCUGUCUUUUUGGCCGGAAUUCUAAUAAGAGUUUUCGGGGACCGUGGCUAAAACACUGUCAUCAGCUGUCUACUAACCGAUUACAGAUGAUAGGCAUCAGUUAAGCCUGGAAGGCGACCUUGUCGUUUGGCCGAUGGUCUUCAUGCCCCAGAUGUUAGUGUUGUUCCUUGGUCAUUCUGAGAAGCUACCCUAUCCUAACAGUGGUUCGAGAACGGAGCUAGAAUUUGAAGUAAACUUUUUCUCUGUUGACUCCAUCAUGGUUUCUAAAUCCAUAAAUUUGAUUUUGCCUACUAUAAAGGUUCUUCUUCUUUUUCUUUCUUUAAGAUUUCAUUUACUUGAAAAGCAGAGUGGCAGAGAAAGAGAGAGAGAUCUUCCAUACACUGAUACGCUCCCCAGCCACAACACCUGGGGCUGGGCCAGGUCAAAGCCUGGAGCCUGGAACUCCACUCUGGUCUCCCCCAUGAGUGAGAGAGGCCCAAACACUGGGGCCAUCCUUCGCUGCUUUCCCAGGUGCAUUCGCAGGGAGCUGGACUGGAAGUGGAGCAGCAGGGACUUGAACCUGUGCUCAUGUGGGAUGUGGGUGUCGCCAGCAGCGGCUUCACCUGCUGCUCCACAACACUGGCCCCUGGAAAUGUUCUUUUAUGUUCUUUACUCUUUCUGUAUGGAAAAUAGUUUUCCUCCUUCGGGAAGGUUGCUUCAUUUUUUUGUGCUUGGUGGCUGACCUCAUUCAGUUGGUCUGUUAAUGUAUUCUGUUAAUGUCGAGGUUUGAUACAAUGAACAUCUUAAAACCGAAAGUGUGGCUGGCAAUAUUUGGGGAAUAUAAAGUCAAUAAAAGUCGUUUUCAUUUUUUUGCCUUUUAACACAAUUUUACGGCAACGUAUAUUUUAAUGACCAGAAACUCAAGCUGUGCUCUGGCUGCUGUGCUGUCAGCUACGGUGGCUUCACCUUCCAGACAAGGGAUCUUCAGAGCCUUUUCCAGCGCAUUUGACCAAACCAAAAAAAAUCCCAAUAAUUAGUUUUUCCCAACGGCAAGCCCACCAGGCCAUGAGCAGAGUCCCCAGCCCAGAGCCCUGCCUCACCCCGCCCCCCCCCACCCUGCUG